AUUUAUCAAGCAUUAAUACUGUUCCGCCACAUUUUGAUGCUAUAUCUGUUAAAGGUGGUGCAAAUAACAGCACAUUAUUUUUAUAUGGAGGAAGGUCCCGAUUUGGAACGACACCAUUAGUUAAUACAUUUGAUCCACAAAGUAAUUCAUGGACUACUCCAAAAAUAACUGGAAUAGAUCCUAUUAGAAAAUUUGAAUUGAGGAAGGCAAUUGUAGACAAUAGUGGAACAGUGUUUGUACGGAUUGGAGAACGGUUAGUUGCUAAAAAUGAAAUUGAUAUGCUUAUUUUAGAUACAGUAAAUCUUAGUUUUGGAAAAGGAAGUGUAGUUGGUGCGUCUCCAAGAUGUCAAUAUGGUUCUGCUUUAUUACCUAGUCGAAAAAUUAUUUAUCUUGGUGGUUAUGAUAAUGAUGCAAAAGAUAAUAAUGCUUUAACACUUAAUGAG